CUAACUUCAUGUUAUCUUUUUCACUCUCUUUAAGAAUAUCAAUACCUUGUAAAUAUUCUCAGACCAAAAAAAAGGAAGGGCUCUAAAGUAAAAUGCUGAUGACAUUGUGCAGAUAAAAUAAAGUAUAAUAUUUCUAUAUUAAUAAAAAUGUGUGUUUGUUACUAACAAAAUAACAAAUACUGUUGAUCUACUUUAGAAUUUAAUUUAUGUUGUAUCAGUAAAUACUCUGUUUUAUAUGGACCCCUCCUAUUUUGGGAUGAAGGAGAUUGUAAAGAUUACUAAAGUAAGAUGUAAAAAUUAAUUUUCUCACCACACAUACGAAGGAAGAAAGCAUCGGUGGUUCAGUGGUAGAAUUCUUGCCUUCUGUUUGUUUAGACGAUGCGAUAUGAAAGAUAAUACAAGCGUAUCUGUUUUUUCUCAGAAGAGGUAACUGGACUAAAUGGACCAAAAGAACCUAACUGUGAUGACCGAAUUCAUUCUAAUCGGAGUCACAAGGCGCCCUGAACUGCAGCUGCCUUUUGGGGUCUUCCUCCUCAUCUACAUGAUCACAGUGGUGGGAAACCUAGGCCUGAUCAUCCUGACCAAGGUGGACUCCCAUCUACACACGCCGAUGUAUUUUUUCAUCAGACACCUGGCCUUCAUUGAUCUUGGUAAUUCUACCGUCAUUUGUCCCAAGAGCCUGGUAAAUUUUGUUGUGAAUCAAAAUACCAUUUCCUAUUAUGAAUGUGCCACACAGCUGGCUUUCUUCAUUUUGUUCAUUAUCAGUGAACUUUUCAUCUUGUCGGCCAUGGCCUAUGACCGCUACGUGGCCAUCUGUAACCCUCUGCUCUACAAUGUUAUCAUGUCCCCAAGACGUUGCCAUGUGCUUGUGGGUAUUCCAUACAUUUAUAGUAUCUUUCAGUCUCUGAUGUUCACCAUUAAGAUUUUCACAUUGACCUUCUGUGGCUCUAAUGUCAUCAGUCAUUUCUAUUGUGAUGAUGUCCCCUUGAUACCUAUGCUCUGCUCAAAUGCACAAGAGGUACAGCUGUUGAUCAUAAUGUUUUCAGCAUUUAAUUUGAUAUCCUCCCUCCUGGUUGUCCUGCUGUCCUACCUGCUGAUUCUGAUAGCCAUAUUUCGAAUGCAUUCUGCUGAGGGCAGGAGAAAAGCUUUCUCCACAUGUGGUUCUCAUCUGACAGUGGUGGUUGUGUUCUAUGCUCUACUCUUCAUGUAUGUGCAGCCCAAAUCUGCUCAUUCUUUUGAUACUGACAAAAUGGCCUCAGUGUUUUACACUUUAGUCAUUCCCAUGCUUAACCCCUUGAUCUACAGCUUAAGGAAUAAAGAAGUAAAAAGUGCCUUCUACAGGGUCAUUAAGAAUCCAUGCAAUCUUUGUAUUUAA